AUGUCCCCGGCUGUCUGCAGACCCGGCACCAUGGCUGCCUUCCGCUCGGGCCUGCUAGUGCUCACGGCGCCGCUGCCCGCGCUGGCUCCGCGCCUGGCUCCGCUGCUGAGCUCGGCCGCGCGCCUGGUGAACCGCACGCUCUACGUCCACCUGCAGCCCGACCUGAGCCUGGAGAGCCCGCCGCAGCCGCAGCCUGGUCAGGUGCCCGCAACCUUCGAGGUCCUCGACGUCCUCUCGUUGCUCUACGCGGGCGCCGAUCGCCACCGCGGCCUGGACGUGCGCGUGCUGCUGACCAACGUGCAGGCCAAGAGCGCCCGGCCGCCCGCGCCCGCUGUGUCGGUGCAGAACCUGGCACACCCGCCCGAGGUGGUGCUCACUGACUUCCAGACCCGCGACGGUAGCCAGUACAACCCGGUGAAGCAGCAGCUGGAGCGCUACGCCACCAGCUGUUACAGCUGUGCCCCGCAGCUGUCGUCCGUGCUGCUGUGCCCUGAUCACGGGACCGGAGAGCUGCCCGCGGAGCCCCUGGAUGUCCCCUCGCCCUCCACCAUCAGGCCUGCGUCCCCUGUGACCAGGUCCCCAAAGCAGCCCGUGCGGGGCUACCAGCGCGGAGCCGUGGGUGGCACCUUCGACCGCCUGCACAACGCGCACAAAGUGCUGCUCAGCGUCGCCUGCGUCCUGGCCCAGGAGCAGCUGGUAGUGGGAGUGGCGGACAAGGACCUGUUGAAGAGCAAGGUGCUCCCUGAGCUGCUCCAAACUUACGCUGACCGCGUGGAACACCUGAGUGAGUUCUUGGUGGACAUCAAACCCUCCUUGAAUUUUGAUAUCAUCCCACUGCUGGACCCCUAUGGGCCCGCGGGCUCUGACCCCUUGCUGCAGUUCCUGGUGGUCAGCGAGGAGACCUAUCGUGGGGGGAUGGCCGUCAACCGAUUCCGCCUGGAGCAUGGAUUGGAGGAGCUGGCCCUGUACCAGAUUCAGCUGCUGAAGGACCAAAAUCACAAAGAAAAUGAAGAAGACAAAGUCAGCUCCUCCAGCUUGCGCCAAAGAAUGCUGGGCACCCUACUUCGGCCCCCAAAUAAGAGGCCAGAACUCCCCGCCUGUCUCUACGUGCUUGGCCUGACGGGCAUCAGCGGCUCUGGGAAGAGCUCUAUAGCUCAGAGGCUGAGGAGCUUGGGGGCAUAUGUCAUCGAUAGUGACCAGCUAGGCCAUCGGGCAUAUGCCCCAGGCGGCCCUGCCUACCAGCCUGUGGUGGAGGCCUUUGGAACAGACAUUCUCUAUAAAGAUGGACUCAUCAACAGGAAGGUCCUGGGCAGCCGGGUGUUCGGGAACAAGAAGCAGCUGAAGGUCCUCACGGACAUCAUGUGGCCAGUGAUGGCCAUGCUGGCACGAGAAGAGAUGGACGUGGCUGUGGCCCAGGGGAAGAGGGUGUGUGUCAUUGAUGCUGCUGUGCUGCUGGAAGCUGGAUGGCAGGACAUGGUGCACGAGGUGUGGACCGUGGUCAUCCCGGAGACUGAGGCUGUGCGCCGCAUCAUGGAGCGGGAUGGGCUGAGUGAGGCUGCCGCGAACAGCCGGCUACAGAGCCAGAUGAGCGGGCAGCGGAUGGUGGAGCAGAGCCACGUGGUGCUCAGCACCCUGUGGGAGCCGCAGGUCACCCAGCAGCAGGUGGAACGAGCCUGGGAUCUCCUGCAGAAGCGCCUGCCCGAGACUCUUCGCACCUAGCACUGACUGUGUGACUUGUGGGGUCACGGUGGCUCCCGGAGCUACUGCUACUGGAGGGCCCGGAAAGCCCGAUCCGAGGAGGCAGCAGCCGCCGCUGGCGGGGCCGGGCGGGACUCCGGAGGCACACCUAUCCCCACCCCGCUGGGCCGCGUGAGGCCAGGCAGUGGGAGAAGCCCGGGCCUCGGAGCCUCUCCAGUGUCCGCGGCGCGCUGGCGGAUUGGGGAGGCGAGGUCGGUACGGAAUUAAAGGUGGAUGCGCCCCGA